UGGAGGCCACGGCUUGAAAUCCGGCCCCCGGGCAGGGCCCUCGUCCGCCCGCCAGCCCUGGAGCCGGCGCAGCGCCCAGGGGAGAGCGCAGCGCCCCGGAGGAGCAGCCUCCCCGCCAGAGCCGCGUCCUGCCCGGACACACCAGAGGCAUGACACCGCCACCGGGCCCUGUGCGUUAGUGGUGGGAGAGCGAGAGCUGGGAGGAGGUCUCCCUUGGCAGAGACUAUGGUCGUUGAGCUGGCACCAGCCUCAGCGACCCCACAGCUGCCAGAGCUGGCAAUAGGGAAUAACCUCCCCACCCCAGAAAUGUGGCGCCAGCUCUUCCGGGGCUUCCGCUACCAGGAGGGCGAGGGGCCGCGGGGGGUGUGCAGCCGCCUGCGGGAGCUGUGCCAACGCUGGCUGGGGCCCCCGCGCCGCAGCAAGGAGCAGAUGCUGGAGCUGGGGGGGCUGGGGGCGGUCCCGCACGAGAUGCGGAGCUGGCAGUGGGCAUGCAGCAUGGAGACCUGCGCCGAGGCCAUGACCCUGGCCGAGGGGUUUCAGCCGGGGCAGGAGGAGGACGAGAAGGUCCAGGUCACAGUGCAGGUGAAGAUCGAGGAGGUGUCCUCAGACAAGAGGGUGUCCGCUGGGGCAGUGUGGGGACCUGUUGAUUCUUGGCUGGAGCAUCCCCAGCCCCAUCAUGUGGACGUGCUCCAGGAGGAGGCAGGACAGGGUGCAACCCCUGAGCCCCUGGAUGAGCUGCUUCAUGUCCUCAAAGAAGAGCACAUACCCCAGCAAGACUCAGGUUCCCCUUACACAGAGGAGACUUGGGACCUGUCGGCACAUGAAAACUCCUUGGGCUCGUUCCCUGCACAAGCGUCUUCCCUAGGGGCAGAUGCAGGGAUCCCGAGCGAGGCUGAGGAGCAGCUUCCCGAGGCAGAUCCUGCCAACCUGGAGAUGCAGAGGAUUCCCCCAGGGAGACCGGGGGAGAGAGGAUCCCUGACAUCUGAGCCAGGCCUACUACAGAAGGUGCAAGGCCAGCCUCCAAAGCGGAGGGAGAGCAUGGAGCUCCGGGAGGUCUUUGAGGCCGUGGCUGUGUACUUCACGCGGAAGGAGUGGGAGCUGCUGGGAGAUGAAGACAAGGUGCUUUACCGGGACCAGAUGCUGAGGAAUUUCCAUGCCCUCGUUUCCCUGGGCUAUCGAGGUCCCACACCAGACUUAAUCUGCCACAUCCGGCGAGGGGAGGUGGAGCUGUGGGUCUGCGAAGAGGAGAAACUUGGAGAAAACCCCUGGUCUGGCAGCUUGUGUCAAACAGAUGCUGAGACAUUAGCCAGAGCUGAGCCGCGGCUUCCUAACAAAACGUCUGCAAACCCGAAGCCCUUUCCAGCCAGGAACCAGCUACCCACUCAGCCAAACCAGACCAAAGAAGAGAGCCAAAGGAGCCCUGUAUGCAAGGAGGGAUUCAAAAAGCAGAGAGACCUGAGGAGCUGCAAGGGCAGGGAUCUCAGGUGGGAAGGGUGUUAUAUAUGCCGAGAGUGUGGGGAGAGCUUUGGGGACAAAGAGGAGCUCAGGGCACACGGGCGAACCCACAGGAGGGAGAAGACCUACCCGUGCGCUGAGUGCGGGAAGAGCUUCCAGCACAAGUACAGUCUCCGCAGGCACCAGAGACUGCACUCGGGGGAGCGCCCCCACCUCUGCCCCAAGUGCGGGGAGAGUUUUGUCUCCCUGAGUGAUGUCCGACUUCACCAGCGUGUGCACAGGGGGGAGAAGCCCUACUGCUGCACCCAGUGCAGGAAGAGUUUCACCCGGUGGGAUCGGCUCCAGGGUCACGGGCGCGUGCACACGGGGGAAAAGCCGUUUUCCUGCUCCCAUUGUGGAAAGCGCUUCACCGAGAGCUCAACGCUCACACAGCACCUCCGCGUGCACACAGGGGAGAGGCCGUUUUCCUGCACCCAGUGUGGGAAGAGCUUCACCGACAGCUCAAAACUCACAAGCCACCUCCGCGUGCACACAGGGGAGAGGCCGUUUUCCUGCACCCAGUGUGGGAAGAGCUUCACCCACAGCUCCACGCUCAAGCGGCACCGGCGCCUGCACACGGGGGAGAAACUAUUCUUUUGCACCCAGUGCGGGAAGAGCUUCACCGACAGCUCAAAACUCACAAGCCACCUCCGCGUGCACACGGGGGAGAAGCCCUUCUCCUGCUCCCAGUGUGGGAAGAGCUUCACCACGGGCUCAACGCUGACACAGCACCAGCGUGUGCACACGGGGGAGAAGCCCUUCUCCUGCCCCCAGUGUGGGAAGAGCUUCGCCCACAACUCCACCCUCACAAAGCACCUGCGCGUGCACACGGGGGAGAAACCGUACGGCUGCGUGGAGUGUGGGAAGUGUUUCCGGCAGAGCGCCGCCCUGACCAAGCACCUGAGAACUCACAGGGACCGGAUCCUGCUGCUCGGACAAUGGGAACCCAGCCGCAGGGACCACCUCCCUUCCUAAUCCUGACCUGAACUGGAUGCGCCUCUUUACUGACCCCCCAUGGAGCCUCUAUUUCAGGUUGCUGUGACCCCAGCCUGGAGGCCUGUGCUGCUUCUCCAUCACAGACUCUGGUGGGCCUCUUAUCCAGGCCCCCCAGCCUUUCCCCAGUCUAUGCAGCGCUUCUGCAAUCCAGGCGUCGCUGUAGGUUUUCGCCAAGAUGAGCGCCGUGGCUCCUGUGUCUUUGAGAACAAGGUCCUGCUGCUUCCAGAGUCCCACCCCAGCGAGCUCCAGUUGGCUCUGCUCCUUCAUAUGGGAAGGAUUGCCACCCGCACGCAAGUGUGGCAAGGCAGGUCACGUCCCCAGUGCCAGCCACCAUAUAGCGGCCAGCUGGAAUGGUGCCGGCAGAGCCCAUGCCAGCAGCGGGCUCAGGCCCAGGAGCUAUGUCCCUUUGGAGUCCAGACUACCCCUGUCCUCCAGAUCCCAGUUGUGUCCGUCCCUCCCCAAGCCGUUUUCCCCUGGAUCCCUGCUCCUGGAUGCACCAUCCAUAGAGACAGCCCUCAACUACCAUAGUUCCUGUUGUAUCCCCCAAGGAUCCUUCCAGAGGAGAGCAGCCCUUGCUCCAUAACCGAAGUGCGGACAGCCAGGACUGCUAAAGCACCUUGCGGGCUCCCUCCCCGCUUGGUUAAAGUUAACCCGUUCCUUCCCAGGGUAGAACGGCAUACAAACACAGCGGGGAAACUGAGGCAUGCCCCAUGAUGAGAGAAGUGGUAGAGUCGGGCGUAUACUGCGAGGUGCAUGGCGUGUGCAGGGCCAGGAGGUGGUGCUGAGCUGCUGCCUGGUGGGGAUGUCCCCCUGUAAGAGGGGAGCUGAUGCACGGUGAGGACAGGGAAGUGAUGGGGAAGGCCAGGGUCACCCACAUCAGGGAGUGCCCCAGCUGCUGCUUCGCCCCCACCGCUAGUGCUGUAGACAAAUGCGAGAGACCGGAAAUCUGCCCCGUGCCCUCCCUGCCCUUCACCCUCCCAUGGCACAGCACAGGGGGGCCCAGGCCAGGCACUACUACUACCACUAACUGAACAGAGAGGAGGGCAGAGCCUGUUGCCAUUGCUACACUCCACCAUUUUUUAACCUUUCCUUGAUUUCUCCCAACCACAUCAAGCCCUGUUCACUGGACUGCUUCCAGGCCAGCUUUCCAUCCAGGCCAUGGCAUGGCCCAGUCCUCUCAUGCCUGGUACCUGCCCACAGUCGGGGCACCAUGCUCACCUGGUCUCACCCACCAUGAAAAGGAGCAGAAGCUGUGCAGGAGAGGGGACCUGCGAGUGUCAGGUCUCAAGGAAUAUCAGAAAUGGUUACAUCACCUGGGUUUUUAAGGUGAAGCUGGAUCUCCCAGUGGGGCUAUGGGAAAUGCUGAGAGCCAAUCGGCAAUCCUGGCUAGAAAGCCUGAAGCACGUUGCUCUCCACGUACUUCUUAAGUGACUAAAUCUGACUUUUCACUCUGAAAAUCUACCAGUUUUACAAUUAACUCACCUUGAGUGCUUUUUAAUAACCCGUGUGGCAUCAGGGCAGUGUCUGUCAUUGCCCCCCCUCCUUUACCUGUAGCAGAUUUGGGUGUUUUUUGGCCAAUGUGUCUUGUAUUUGUGUUACAGGGUUGGUCAUAUAGUUUUAGAAACAGGUUAGUCGGGGACUUGUAUGGGAUGGUUUGGCUAGGGCUGACUGUCUCAAACAGGGAGUUUAAUUACAUGACCCAUGGAGGUUCAUUUCAGCCCUACUUUCCUUUUGCUUUUCCAUGGGUUGGUAUUGAACAUGGUGUCUGUGUGGCCGGGGGAGGCACUUACUGAGUUUUGGUGAGUUGUUGCAGGCUGGGUUGGCAGCCCCCUCCCCUCCCCUCCCCCCCACCCCCCCCACACCAGCUCACCACUAAUCCCUAAGUGGCCCUCUGGCCCAAAUACUUGCCCACCCUGAUCUAAGAGCAGAGGUGAGUGGACAGAAGUUAGAAGGAACUGAACCUUUGUUCCCCCCUUCUCCACGUACCUUCUCCCCUGUCCUGAGUCCGCAUCAUGCGGCCAAGCUGAUGACACUGUGUUCCCGUGUGCCACUUCGGGCCAUGUGGGUGCAGCUGGUGUGGCUCCUGCCUGACCCAGCCACGUGCCGGGGACUCGGGGGCGGCUAGAAGCCGUGCCAGGGUUGGGCAGGAGCUGCUCUAGGGAUGGCAGGAGCUGUGCCAGCUGCUCCAGCUGUGCCCAUGUGGCGCAACCCAAAGUGGUGUGUGGGAACACAGUGUCGCAUCACAUUAGGUGUGCCCAGGCCCUGGCCCAGCAGAGCCCUCUUUCCCCUGCACGCCCUCCCCACCAGCAGGGAGAACCUUACUUGAGCUUCAACUCAUUAGGGGCUGGGCCCUGGUCUGUGAAUGACCGCAGGGUCAGAGCUGCACACUGGGCAGAAGCCUGGCCAGCUCAGUGCCCCCUGCCUCAGAGCGUGCACCGGGCACCGGGGAGGGAUGUAGCUGCCGCUGCUGCAUGGGCACGUUCAUGGACCUUUGCUCCAAGCUCGCCCCCCUGCUUCAGCACCAAACAUCGGGCUUUGAUGCCCCACGUCCAUGGAGACAGGUCAUAAUGGUAAUCUGGAAACUGGCAAAUCCUGACAGCAUUCAGUGCUUGGCCAACCAAUUUGGUGUAGCGAACACAUGGGCAACGCUUGCCAUGCACAAAGUGGGGGAGGAAAUUCUGCAGCAGCUGGGGCGUCAGAUGCUUUGGCAUGGGGAUCCAGGUGUGGUGACUGCUGCCUUCAAACAGCUGGAGUUCCUGAACUGUGUUCAGGCCAUUGAUGGGACCCACAUCCCCAUUCUGUCCUGCCCUCACCGUGCCU